AUGCCCUCUAAAAACCCCAUUCCUUCCUCUUCGCCAGGCUUUAGCACCCCGCUCCCGCCUUUAAACGCCCUCCCCUCAAAGCCCGCCGGCCCCAAACCGAGCGUCCUUCCCAUUCAACUGCCGCCGUCGACCCUGCGACCACUCGCGUUCCGCACCUUUACCAAAAAGCACAACCUGACCCUCACGUCCGCAGCCCUGGGUCAGCUUGCUGCGUUCAUUGGGAAGCAUUGUGGGACCGGAUGGAGAGAGGAAGGUCUCGCAGAAGGUGUGUUGGAGGAAGUAGCUAAGGGGUGGAAAAAGGGCGGCGGGAGCGUGAUUGUUGGUGGAGAUGAUAAAGGGAUCCAGCUACUCGAUUCUAUUCUCAAGAGCGUGGAAGGAGUAAUGAGCGGUGGCAAGGUGGUUCGCGAGUUAAGCAGAGUUGGAAGUUUCAGUUUUGCUACUGGCGAUGCCGCAACAGCUGGCGAAGUCCCACGGACACUGGGAGAACGUCAACCAAGCUUCGGCCUGAGCGGAUUGAAAGUCCAAGAGUCCAAUGAAGAUGAAGAUGACCAUCUCAUGGAUCCGAGAGAAUGGUUACAGGUAUUGAGUGCCUUUGAGCAGCCGAGAAUGAUCUACAAUGUCUCGAGCAAGAACUUCGACCUAUCACCGACGAAACCGACGCUCUUCCCUCCCCCAAGCCACCGGACAUCCCUCUUUAGAUCAAGAUACCACCUCGUUCACCAACGAAUCCUCAGGAACGAGUCCUUUCAGCCCCCAUCUCUUACAGCACACAAUUCCUCGCCCUCGUACAACAACAAGAUCACACCCAUCGCCAAUCUACUAGGCCGGACCGGCUCAACACAUUUGCUUUUCGGUCUUCUUACUACCACUGCCACGGGCGUCCUCGCACUGGCCGACACGACUGGUACCAUUGUCCUGGACGUGACACAUGCUCAAUCAUUGCCCAAAGACGCCGUUUGGUAUACACCCGGCAUGCUCGUCCUUGUCGACGGCCAAUAUCGAGAGGAUUUCGGCACUGCAAGCGCAGGAGGAGACAUACUCGGCGACUCUGGUGGUGUCGGAGGGACCAUCAAUGGCACAUUCGCUGCCUCGGUGCUUGGUCACCCCCCAUGCGAGCGUCGAAGCGAAACUCUCGGCAUCCAGGACCCCUCCAACGCGAACGUAUCCGGGCCCGGUUUUGGAUGGACCGAUUUUCUCGGCGUUGGGUCUGAGCGUGCCACCGGUACGCGUAUGCGGCGAAUUCAGGCACGAGUUCUCGCGGCGAUGCGGCAGCAGCAAUCCCUUGACGGUUCUCCAGACGCCAUGGACGUGGACGAGGAUGCCGACGCGGAUGAAUCGCAGCGAACCAUCCCGCGAACGCUCCUCUCUCGCCGUGCUUCACCCACCGUGGCCGUUGCAUCCGGCCUGAAUUUAUCUUCCCCGCACACUCUCCCCGCCCUCCGCACUCUAUUCUCGACCUACGACGCGGUCCCGCCGACCGAGAUUCCUCUCGCCAUCGUCCUCUGCGGUCCGUUCGUUUCCGGCGCGGCCCUCUCGGGCGCUGUUGGAUCCGGGAGCAUCGAGUACAAAGAAGGGUUCGAUCAGCUUGCCGGGCUUUUGUCCGACUUUCCGGGCGUGCUUGCGCGGACAUCGCUGGUUUUUGUCCCCGGCGAUGGAGACGCGUGGACCAGCGCGUUCGGCGGCGGCACGUCGGUCCCGGUGCCGCGAAAAGGCGUCCCGGACCUGUUCACACGACGCGUCAAGCGGGCGGUCGCGGAUGCGAAUAGGGAGAUCUGGGGGGCGACCGUGGGCGAGGCGUCGAAUAAAGGAAAGGGGGCGGCAAGGAGUAAACAUGGGGACGUCUCGUGGACCAGCAAUCCUUCCCGAUUGGCGUGGUUCGGCUGUGUUGGCGAGAUGGUUGUGUUCCGUGACGAUGUCCUUGGCCGACUAAGGCGACUCGGGAUUCGACUUGGAGGAGACGAAGCCCCAGACGAAGAGCAAAACGAAGACGAACUUGAAUCUGGUAGCUCGCAAACUGUACAGUCUACGAGUGCGGACGAUGCUGCUCCAAACAUAGACCCGGACGUGGAGACGGCAAGGAGACUAACGAAGACCUUAUUGGACCAGGGCAACUUAGCACCCUUCCCUCUCGAACAUCGUCCAGUGCACUGGGACUACGGUCAAGCCCUGAGUCUAUACCCUCUCCCAUCCGCGGUCGUUCUUGCGGACUCCGAAGCCCCGGCAUUCUCCCUCAACUACAUGUCCUGCUGCGUGAUGAACCCCGGCGACAUCGUCGAGGGGCAGGGAAGCGUAAGGCGUGCCAAGUGGGUCGAGUACGACAUUAGCCAGAAUCGAGGGGCCGUAAGAAUCGAGGGAUGA